AUGCUUUCUGUUAUAUCAAUCGCCACUUCUGCAUCACCAAACAAUAAUUUAACACCUGAAGAAAAAAUCAAGAAACAAAUAAUUGAAUCACUAAACGAUUGGUGCCAGAAAAUAAAAGAGAACAAUGAUCAAAAAAUGUUUCAACUGAAAGAAAAUGUCGAUUAUGAAAUUUUUAUUGAUAUUAUUGGAAAGAAAGUAUUGGUUAAAUGUCAAUGUGGCAAGACUACAACGUUAGGUCAAAAAGAUAAUACCUAUAUUCUAUCAAAUUUUUUUCGUCAUUUAACACAUCGAAAUCCUUGUACAAUGGUUCAAGAAAAGUUAGAAUGUCUUAGCGAAAAUAGUAGUGAUCAUGUUGCUUCUACAUUUGAUCGUAUGAAUGCAUCUGUUGAGAUGGCAAUAGAUCCAACAUCUAAUAUUAAUUCAUCCAUACAAACAUCAACUGGAAAACGAAAAAGAAGCAAAAUACUCAAUCCAUCUAUGAUCAAAAAGAAGAAGAAAACUUAG